CCGACGUCACGUCAAGUGAUACCGUGGACCUCUCGCGUCUUCAUCCUUUGCAUCUCACCUCACCUCUCAACUCAACUCAGUUCACACCACCGGUCCGAAAGCCGCCAUGGCGUCCGAAGUCGACCCGCUUGACGUAGUGCUCGGUGUCUUCAAAUCCAUGAAACAGAGCAGUCUACUUACGCUUCUCGCUUCCGUCUGCCGCGAGGAUGAACGCACCCUCGAGCUCAUUGCAAAACAGCUUAUGGCUACUUCGAAUGAUGUCGGAGAGGCUGCCUCUAUAACGAUAAAGUCCGAACCGGGAGAGUCAAAGAAAGACGUCAAGCUGGAACCGGCUGAAUCGAAAGUUGACGACCAGGACGACGCAAAGGGAGCUGGCAGACGCAAGCGCAAGCGGGCGGACUACGACAUCCUUUGUUAUCAAACAUGCGGAGGAUGCGAGAAGCAAUUCGAUGUGACGAAGAACAAUAACACAGCUUGUACCUUCCAUAGCGGCAUAGUCCGACCAAUCCUUACCCUCGCUGUGAAGAAGACAGGCGAAAAUCAGGACGACUUCAAUACCCUGAUCAAAAAAACCCGUGCAUUUGGAACUAGUGGGCACAACUCCUUGGAGGCGAACAUGCUCAAGAGGCACAAGGCUGAAGCGGACUUGAUCAAGGAACAUCCAGAGGUGGCCCGGUGGGAUUGCUGUUACAGGUUUCCAUCGUCUACUGGAUGUAAAAUGCAGCGGCACAUGGUGAAGGAGCUGUAGCUUAUGCGGAGACAUCUCUGGUCCUCGAGGCGAUACACUAUAGGAGUAUGGCGCACAAGGGCGGUGCAUGUAUCGGCGAUUCUCUGGGAUGUAAUUCAAGAGGGCUCUCACACGAAGGAAUAGGGCUUAGGCACAAUCUGUGAGCCAUCUUCGGCCUACUACCAAAUCAAUCGCAUUACCUG